CUGUAGCCGAGAGACGUGCCCGCAGUCACAGGGUUUAACACGUAGUCAAAACCCACCCAGCUCUCACACAUUGUGCCGCGCGUGGAGCCUCCCUAGACAUACUACUGAGCUCGGACCUCAGGGUGACAACACUGUGCCGUGCUCAACUCCUGCUCGCAGCGGGAAACACAGACACACUGGAUAACAGGGGAUACUUUUCUACUUUAUUUUUCUGUUUCUGUUUUGGAUUAUCUUUUCUCGUGUCGACGUGCCACAGCGGAGACUCAUUUCGAACAAUUUUAAAGGUUUUUUGAAGUCAUUUUUCGGGUUUUACACUUAAGCGACAUGGAGAGGAUCACAAGUGCGCAACCACCUCCCUGCAUGCCAAAACACCCAUCAUCAUUGGAUAUAGCUGAAAUGCAAGGGGUUGAUUUUCCAAUUUAUGUGUACAAAUCCAGAAGGGGCAUGAAGCGUGGGGAAGAGAGCAAGGAGACUUACAAGUUGCCACACCGCCUGAUUGAAAAGAAAAGGCGAGACAGAAUAAAUGAGUGCAUUGCUCAGCUGAAGGAUUUGCUGCCAGAACAUCUAAAGCUUACAACGCUGGGUCAUUUGGAGAAAGCCGUGGUGCUGGAACUCACUCUGAAGCAUGUGAAAGCCCUAAGUACCCUCCUGGAGCAGCAGCAGCAGAAAAUUAUUGCACUACAGAAGGACCUGCAAAUCAGUGAUCAUGGAGGUGAAGAGAGCAGCGAGGAGAUGUUCCGCUCCGGCUUCCACUUGUGCGCGAAAGAGGUCCUCCACUAUCUGGCCAGCCAAGAGAGCAGCCGGGACCUGACUCCGUCCCAUGUCAUCAGCCACAUCCAAAAGGUGGCAGCCGAAGUCCUGCAUCAUCAAAGCAGUCUGAACCCGGACGAGUCCACCCCUCAGCCUUCAGAGAAACUGAAGAAACCUGCUGCACAGCCUCAAAGGGCUUCUGAGACCCCGGCUAAGAACUGCGUCCCUGUUAUUCAAAGGACUUACCCUCAUGGCAUGGGGGAGCAGAGCGGCAGUGAUACAGACACUGACAGCGGCUAUGGGGGAGAGCAUGAAAAGCGCGACCCUAAAGCUCAGUGGUCAGAGAGCAAUGCAAAGGAGGGAGAGUUCAAGCAGGCCGGGUCUGAGAAGAAAACCGGGUCUAUCAAGCAGGAGGGCGAUGAGCCUCAGGCCAAGAAGUUGAGGUCUGACUCUUUGGAGGAUGAGAUCCUCCCUGGUCACAUGGUGGGAAGCCCAGGCAGUUACUUCCCCCCUAACCAGCACCCGUUUUGUCUCCCCUUCUACCUCAUCCCACCUUCAGCUGCAACAGCCGCAGCGUAUCUACCAAUGCUGGAGAAAUGCUGGUACCCUGGCAGUAUGCCCGUAAUGUAUCCAGGCAUGAGCGGCUCAGCCGCGAGUUUGCAUCCAGAGACACUUCCAUCAUCUUUGGUGAUGUCCCAGAGAGCAGGGUCUCCUGUCCCCCACCAGGGCCCCAUGGACUCCCCCUCACUUCACAAAGCUUUAAAGCAGGUCCCCCCACUUAACCUGGAAACCAAAGACUGAAUGGACAUGUUUCUGUUUGAAACCCUGCCCCUUGAAUGUUGACAUGGUUAAAUAGUUGGAACACUGAUAAGAGGGUGAAUGGACAGAGUCGCACUGGUACCCCUUCAAACCGCAGCUGUUAUUUAGCCUUUUAAAAUUUGGACCCCAUCAAAACACCUCAAAUAGCCAUGAUGUUUCUCGAAAGGUCCUUGCACAUUGAAACUUUUAUGGGCAGCAUGGACCGCUCAUGUGAAGGCUUGUAACUUGUCACUGAUCGCAUGGCUCUAAGACACUGUGAAGAUCAGUUUUGGUUUUAAGGUGGCGAGUGCGCUAGUAAUCAAGAGGGAUUUUUUUUUUUGGAAGUCUUGUCUUCUGUGCACUCUGUGAUGAAUGUCAGAGGUCAGCUCAGAAUGUAAGGCAAAGAUAAGCCCAGCUCCCUUCCCCCCAAAAAGUAUUUGGACCUACUUUCUUUGCACACACAGUCUGUCAUGAAUGUAAAGGUUGAACAACAGCCCCUUGUAGAUGCUGCUUCUUGAACUAUUAUUACCUGCUGUAGGUCUGAGAGUGGAGGAUCUACCUUCAGCAGGAGUCGCUCUUGUAACUGCAACAAACCAUUGUUUAAAAUAUUACCAAAAAAAAAAAAGGUUCAUGAUGACAUGAGGUGUCACAAAUACCCUCAAAUACCCUGGAGCUUAAGUGAGGACAAGUGUGCACGAUGUUUAAAGAAUUCAGGGCGUUGUCAUCAUACGAGGUGUGUCACACGUCUGUUGAAGAGUAAUGUGGCCAUACGCGCUUUUAUGAUUUGAUGUGUGACUCAUGACUAUUUGUGUAUUUAGAUGGAGUUCUUCUUCAGUCAUGUCAUGUAAUUAUUUUUGAUUUUACUACUUGUACAUCUCUAUUUUUGAUAAGUGACCCACUGAGUGUAUUUGUAUCGCUACCAGGCGAGGGUUGAGGUAGUUAUUUGCUGUAUCCCAGAGAGCGUGUACAGUACAUAGCGUUGUUCUCAGCCACAUUUGCAUCUUUUUCCCCGUCAUGGUAAGGCCUGACCUUAGCUCAUGCUGUUGCCUUUACUCGAUUAACGCAGACACAACAGAAUUGCAGGUUUUUAAAUGUAUUUUGCUUUAAAUGUUGUGUCUGUGGCAAAAAGAGUGAAUGUAAAGUUCAACUAAAAUAAUAGUUUUGUAUAGAAAGAGGUACUUGGGAUUUUUAUUUUGAAAUGUAACAAAAGGAUGUUUGUUGUACAUAUUUUGUAAAUAAAUUAUUAUUGAUAUAUAUAUUAAAUAUUAAUAAAGGUUUUUUUCCCACAUUAAUUUUGCGUUUCACUGCCUCAUGGCUUAAACGUCUUGUCGGCAGCCAACCUGACAGCUCCUCACAACAACACAUACUUACAUAACACUUACAUAACCCAUAAAGCAGCAGAGCCUGUGUAAAUCAAUAGCUUGUCUUAGAUUGCAGGCUGUAAACAUUUACACUUCUAAAACCUUUUUAAAGGUUUUGACUGGUUUAUUGGAGUAAACUUUGCAAAAACAUACAUUUAUAAAUCUUUGGCUUGAUUACAAUGUGUAACUAGUCAUAACAGGGAUGAUCCUG